AUGGUCCUCCCCGAUACCAGGGGUACCAGACGUCGGCGAUACCAGGGGUACCAGACGUCGGCGAUACCAGGGGUACCAGACGUCGGCGAUACCAGGGGUACCAGACGUCGGCGAUACCAGGGGUACCAGACGUCGGCGAUACCAGGGGUACCAGACGUCGUGCAGCGUCUGCAGUCAGAGCUGUAUCGGACCGUGGUGGUGAAGAGGGAGCAGCGUCUGCAGUCAGAGCUGUAUCGGACCGUGGUGGUGAAGAGGGAGCAGCGUCUGCAGUCAGAGCUGUAUCGGACCGUAGUGGUGAAGAGGGAGCAGCGUCUGCAGUCAGAGCUGUAUCGGACCGUGGUGGUAAAGAGGGAGCAGCGUCUGCAGUCAGAGCUGUAUCGGACCAUUGUGGUAAAGAGGGAGCAGCGUCUGCAGUCAGAGCUGUAUCGGACCGUGGUGGUGAAGAGGGAGCAGCGUCUGCAGUCAGAGCUGUAUCGGACCGUGGUGGUGAAGAGGGAGCAGCGUCUGCAGUCAGAGCUGUAUCGGACCGUAGUGGUGAAGAGGGAGCAGCGUCUGCAGUCAGAGCUGUAUCGGACCGUGGUGGUGAAGAGGGAGCAGCGUCUGCAGUCAGAGCUGUAUCGGACCGUGGUGGUGAAGAGGGAGCAGCGUCUGCAGUCAGAGCUGUAUUGGACCGUGGUGGUGAAGAGGGAGCAGCGUCUGCAGUCAGAGCUGUAUCGGACUGUGGUGGUGAAGAAGGAGCAGCGUCUGCAGUCAGAGCUGUAUCGGACCGUGGUGGUGAAGAGGGAGCAGCGUCUGCAGUCAGAGCUGUAUCGGACCGUGGUGGUAAAGAGGGAGCAGCGUCUGCAGUCAGAGCUCCCUCACCUCUGA